AUGUCUCAUCAACCUUUUUCCUUCCCAAAGGAGGAAGAAAGAAUUUUACAAAAUUGGAACGAAAUCAACGCAUUUCAAACUUCUUUAAAAUUAACUGAAGGUAAGCCAGAAUUUUCAUUUUUUGAUGGCCCCCCAUUUGCCACCGGUACACCUCAUUAUGGACAUAUUUUAGCCUCCACCACCAAGGAUAUUGUUCCAAGAUAUGCUACUAUGAAUGGAUAUCACGUUGAAAGAAGAUUUGGUUGGGACACUCAUGGGUUACCAAUUGAACAUAUUAUUGACAAAAAAUUAAAUAUCACAUGUAAAGAAGAUGUUUUCAAAUUUGGUUUGGAUAAUUAUAAUAACGAAUGUAGAGCCAUUGUUAUGACUUAUGCUGAUGAAUGGCGACAAACUAUUGGCCGUUUAGGGCGUUGGAUUGAUUUUGACAAUGAUUAUAAGACCAUGUAUCCAAGUUUUAUGGAAUCUGUCUGGUGGGCUUUUCAACAAUUGUAUAAUAAAGAACAAGUUUACAGAGGUUACAGGGUUAUGCCUUAUUCUACCGGCUGUACUACUCCACUAAGUAAUUUUGAAGCUCAACAAAACUAUAAGGAUGUAAACGACCCUGCUGUCACUAUUGGUUUCAAUGUUGUUGGCCAAGAGAAGACACAAAUUGUUGCUUGGACCACCACACCAUGGACUUUACCUUCUAAUUUAUCCCUAUGUGUUAACCCUGAUUUUGAGUAUGUUAAGAUUUACGAUGAAAAAAGGGACAGAUAUUUUAUUUUGAUGGAAUCUUUAAUUAAGAACUUAUACAAAAAGCCAAAAGGUGAAAAGUAUAAGGUUGUUGAGAAAUUUAAAGGCAAGGAUUUAGUUGGCCUAAAAUAUGAACCAUUGUUCCCAUAUUUUGUUAAAGACUUUGGAGAGAGAGCUUUCCGGGUUAUUUCUGACGGCUAUGUUUCUAAUGAUUCUGGUACAGGUGUUGUUCACAAUGCUCCUGCUUUUGGUGAAGAAGAUUACAAUGCUUGUUUGUCCAAUGGUAUCAUCAGCGAGGAUACCGUUGCUCCAAACCCAGUUGACGAUGCCGGUAAGUUCACUAAGGAAGUUUCUGAUUUCCAAGGUGUUUAUGUCAAAGACGCAGAUAAAUUAAUUAUUAAAUACCUAACUGAAAGUGGGAACUUAUUACUGGCUUCCCAGAUUCGCCAUAGCUAUCCGUUCUGUUGGAGAUCUGAUACUCCGUUGUUAUACAGGACUGUUCCAGCCUGGUUUGUCCGUGUUAAGCCUAUUAUCAAUAAAUUUUUAGAUUCUGUUUCGAAAUCCAAUUGGGUUCCAUCAAAUAUUAAGGAAAAAAGAUUUUCCAACUGGAUUGCCAAUGCUCGUGACUGGAAUGUCUCCAGAAAUAGAUAUUGGGGUACUCCAAUUCCACUAUGGGUUUCUGAAGAUUUUGAAGAGGUAGUUUGUAUUGGUUCUAUCGAAGAAUUGAAAAAAUUAUCUGGUGUCCAAGAUAUUACUGAUUUACAUCGUGAUACUAUUGACCACAUUACGAUUCCAUCCAAAAAGGGUAAAGGCGACUUGAAGAGAAUUGAAGAAGUUUUUGAUUGUUGGUUUGAAUCCGGUUCAAUGCCAUAUGCUUCUCAACAUUAUCCAUUUGAAAACACUGAAAAAUUUCAAGAUAGAGUUCCAGCCAAUUUUAUUUCCGAAGGUUUGGAUCAAACAAGGGGCUGGUUUUACACUUUGGGUGUUUUGGGCUGUCAUUUAUUUGGCGAGGUUCCUUAUAAGAAUGUUAUUGUUUCUGGUAUUGUUUUAGCCGCGGAUGGUAGAAAAAUGUCCAAAAGUUUAAAGAAUUACCCAGAUCCAAAUAUUAUUUUGAAUAAAUACGGUGCUGACGCUUUAAGAUUAUAUUUAAUCAACUCCCCUGUCUUGAAAGCUGAGAGUUUGAAAUUUAAGGAGGAAGGUGUAAAGGAAGUUGUUUCCAAAGUUUUAUUACCAUGGUGGAAUUCCUUCAAAUUUUUGGAAGGCCAAAUUCAAUUGUUGAAUAAGACUCAUGAGAUUGGUUUUAAAUAUGAUCCAGAGGUAAAAUCUGACAAUGUUAUGGACAGAUGGCUUUUGGCUUCCUUACAGAGUUUGGUUCAAUUUAUCCACCAAGAAAUGACUGCCUACAAAUUGUACACUGUUGUUCCCAAAUUAUUAGAUUUUAUUGAUCAAUUAACAAAUUGGUAUAUUAGAUUUAAUAGACGUCGUUUGAAGGGUGAAGAUGGUGUAGAUGAUUGUAUUAAAGCGUUGAACACUUUAUUUGAAGCUUUAUUCACCUUUGUUCGCGCUAUGGCUCCAUUUACGCCAUUUUUAUCAGAUAAUAUCUACUUGAGGUUGAAAGAAUAUAUUCCAAAAAAUAUAUUGGCUCAGUUUGGUGAAAACGCUAACUCAGUUCAUUUCUUGUCCUAUCCAGUUGUCAGAAAAGAAUUUUUUGACACUAAAAUUGAAUUAGCAGUUUCCAGAAUGCAAAGCGUUAUUGAAUUGGGUAGAAAUAUUCGUGAAAAGAAAAUGAUUUCUUUGAAGACCCCGUUAAAAACUUUGGUUAUUUUGCACAGUGAUAAACAAUAUUUAUCUGACAUUGAAUCUUUGCAGAAAUACAUUGUUGAAGAAUUGAAUAUUCGUGAUUUAGUUAUUACUUCGGAUGAAGAAAAAUACCAUAUUGAAUACAAGGCAGCUGCUGAUUGGCCAGUUUUGGGUAAGAAAUUAAAGAAGGAUGUUAAGAAGGUUAAGGAUGCUUUACCAAAUUUAACCACCCAUGAUGUCCAGUGCUAUUUAAAGAAUGGUACGAUAGAGGUUGCUGGUAUUAAAUUAGUUAGUGGUGACCUAACUGUUAUCAGAACUUUACCAGAGUCUGUGGUCGAGGAAGGUUUAGAAACUAGAACUGACCAGGAUGUUUUGAUUAUUUUAGACACCAAGAUCUACCCUGAGUUGAAGAACGAAGGUUUAGCAAGAGAAAUCAUUAACAGAGUUCAAAAAUUAAGAAAGAAGUGUGGCUUAGAGGCCACUGAUGAUGUCUUAGUUGAAUACGAACUAAUUAAGGAUACCAUUAAUUUUGAUGAUAUUGUCAAAGAAUAUUAUGAUACUUUGUCUAAGACUUGUAGAUCUGAAAUUAAGAAGUAUGAUGGCUUGAAGACGAAUGUUAUCGCUGAUGAAGAACAAUCCAUUAAUGAUACUAUUUUCAAAUUAAAGAUUUUCAAAUUGUGA